CGUCCGCUAUGCAUACACACGUAAACAAAUGAUGUGAUCAUCUUUGGGAAGGAAAAAUCCGACCAGUGUGAUCAACUAAUGGCAUUUCAGUGUGACGGUAGCAUGACUCAUCUAUUGAUAGCUUAUGUCUGAUCUAUUUAUAACUCCUUGAUCAAAAGACUUUGCGAGGUAUGCUCAACCACCUGAGGGUCGUUUAAGAUGCCCGGUACAACAACAACGUCAUUUUGACAGAUGUCAUUGAGAUAGACUUCUCUUCUUCUGGAGAGAUUUGCGUAUUUUUUGUUUCCAUCCCUUGUUUUCGUGAUACGUACUUUGUUUCUGGCAGAGUUGAGCUAUGACCGCGAAUAGAAAGACUAGUUUUCAGGCGACCAAAUUCCAUAUGUCCACGACCGGAUGGAAAGUGUGAACUGAAGAUCUUGAAGUUUGAACAUACUUGGAAAUACGUCUUCAGGGAGAACUGUGUAGAGGCAAAGGAAUAACACACCCAUCAAAAUGGCAUCCCCAAAUGUGGAUCAGAAGGAUAUUGACUGGGAAGAAGGCAGCAGCCUUGGUAGUGACACAGAGAUGGUGGAAAACCCUGAUGACCCACAGCUCGAGUUUGAUGAUGCUGGUCUGGAGCUUGCAGCUCAGGCAGGAUCCAGGCAUUCUGACUCAGUUAUAGCAUACUCGGGCACCAACAAGGCACAAAUAGCAGCUAUAACUUACAUGCUGGAGCUGGAUGCUGAAGAAGAAUUAGCUAAGGAGGAAUCGGAGAGUGGAGCCUUCAGAAGCGGUUCAAUCACUCCAGAUGGGAUCAUAGACGAAGAUUUUGAAAAGGAGUUGGGCAUGCCAAGCCAGGAUUCCAUUGAUGAGGAUGAGGGAGAGUUUAGUGACAUUUCCAAACAUGGCAUUGUGGAGGUAGCUGGUGAUGACAUGUAUGGCAGGAAAGUUAUAGUCUUCUCAGCCUGUAAAAUGCCCCCAAGUAAAGAUAUGGAUCACCAGAGGUUAUUAGAGUACAUUCGUCACACCUUGGAUCAGUAUGUGGAGAGUGACUACACUGUGGUCUAUUUCCACCAUGGUCUGAACAGCAAAAACAAACCCAAAUUUACUUGGCUGGUUCAAGCUUAUCGAGAAUUUGACAGGAAAUACAAGAAAAACUUGAAGGCUUUGUACCUUGUUCAUCCCACAAAUUUCAUUAAGAUUUUGUGGAAUAUUUUUAAGCCUUUAAUAAGUGUAAAGUUUGGGAAGAAAGUUCGAUAUGUGAAUUACUUACAUGAAUUGAAGGAGCACCUUCAUUUCGACCAGCUGUCAGUUCCACCACCUGUUUUAAAAUAUGAUGCCCAGCUUGUGAAGGCCCACAAACCUCCAUACCCAUACUCACCAAAGCAGAGGAGAAGUCAGACACCUCUGAAAACUCAGCAGUUUGGUGUCACCAUUCAGUUUAUAAAAGAAAACAGUGGGAGUAUUAUGCCACCUGUAGUAGAACAAAGCAUCACCUACCUCAGGGAAAAUGCCCUUGGUGUGGAAGGGCUCUUUAGACGGUGUGCCAAUGCCGCCAAGCUGAGAGAAGUUCAGCAAAAGUUCAACGAAGGCCAGUCUGUGGAUUUCUCGGCUCUCAAUGAUGUACAUAUAGCAGCUGUGAUACUGAAGACAUUCCUGAGGGACUUACAGGAGCCUCUGCUCACUUACGACCUCUAUGAACCCAUUUGUCGUCUGCAGAACCUGGAUGAGGAAAAGCGUCUGUUUGAGGCGAAGAGGAUGAUCCAGGAGGAACUUCCUGAAGACAACUAUGUCAUUUUACAGUACAUUAUGCAGUUCUUAACAGAGGUGGCAGCCAGACAGGAUGUCAACAUGAUGACCCAUCAUAACCUGGCCAUCGUAUUUGGACCCAAUCUGAUCUGGCCUCGGGGACAAGCCAACCUCUCCAGCAUGGGCAUCAUCAACAGCUUCUCCCUCAUGCUCCUGCAGCACUUUGAUCACAUCUUUGUUAAGUAGACACCACCUGUCUCUGCAGAACUGUGGCAUGCAGUAAGCCUCUCUGGAUGGACAUUACUGUAUUUGCCCUAAAAAGAAACCUGAAUUUUAAGUGGUAAAAAGUCACAAGACAUUUCUUUUGGUGCUGAAAUUCACAUGUUUUCAGAAGGAUGUCGUCUAGCUUCCAAUCCGAAAAAACAUAUUUCUGUUAAAAAUGAAUAGAACUCCCAGGUAAAAUGAAUCAUUGUUAAAAUUUUAGGUCAGAUAUAGUAAUUCUGUGAAGUUUACCCAGUCCUUAAAAACAUCAAAGAAUAUGAGCAAACAUAUGUCUGGUAACACAUGGCAAGGAAGCUGUCUUUUUAUAUUGUUAAUACAUUUUGUGUCAGCGAGCCAAGUUAUAUCUGUCCUCGCUUUUACUAGCACCAUGGAAUUUCAGUAUGAUCUAAGAAUGUAUCAAAGACUUGAACUCUAAGAAACCCCAAAGAGCCCUCUAAUGUUAUAAAGUGUCAUGUUGGUCGGUCUAGGUCAGGAAAAAUCAGGGUUGGAAUUUAAACAGCGUAUUGAUAUGCAAUUCUGCCCUGUAUUCUUGAAUGCAUUUACUGAAGCCUUUAGCCCAUUUACAAACCCAUGAUCUACCACGUGUGUUUAUGGUACAGUAUAAUAUAAAAGCUACUUGCGUUUGUGUACAUAAAGAUCCAUUCAUUGUAUAAACAAUUACAUAUAAACUAUGCGUAAAAGUAUACAAAGAAACUGUACUGUAAGAAGGAGUUAAUCAUUUUCCCAGCUACAUGUAGACCUGUACUGCCCAUUAAAACUGCGUGUUAUCAUAUGUGCACAAUGCAAGUAUACGAAAACCUGUGGUUGAAAAACACAAUCAUAUUUCUACUUUAGAUUGACUUCAGGAUAAACUGAACAUAUCUUUCACAUAAAAUAAUGUUAAGGUAAACAACAUGUUGUAGUAUUUAUUUAUUUUUUUAAAAUUGCUUCCACUCUCUGGCUGAUGCGCACCAUUGUAACUACAUUUAGUCAGUAAUUAUUUGAUGAAAAAUGUAUAGAUUAUAUUUUAUUAUUUUCUUUAUUAGCUCCCUGUUGUUAAGUGAUAUAUACAUAACUUUCCCUUUGUCAUUUAUGCUAUUUGCUGUGUUGUGAUUGGUUAGGAGAAUGUGAAGUUCUGUUUCGUACAGUCUGUUUAUGAAGGGUCUGUCACAGCACUCUAAGGAUAUUACUACUUGUAAAAGCAUAUGAACUCAGCACAAGCUAUCAAACUGUACAUUCUUUUGCUCAAAUGGCAGUUCACUGUAUUGGUGUUUUCUAAUAAGGAGGGAGAAGUGAAUAGUGACUCUUAACCCAUGUCGUCUUUUUGAGUACCAAUUGUAACUGCUGUCAAAAAUGUUGACUAGUUUAUUUGACUGUUUUGAGAAAUUGAAGAAGAUUAAAAAAAAGAUGUGCAAACUUGUGAAGAAAGUCUGAAAAAGGAGCUUUGUUCAUGUAGAUAAUAAGUGUUUAAUGCUUUCCUGUUAUUUUCAUUCUUGUACUUUUAUUGGGCUGGCCCCGCUUACGUUACGAGUAAUGUUUAUUAUGUUAUAUUUUAUAGUUGGGAAGUGUUUGACAGUUUAACAGGUGAUUCUGUUUAUGUUGUUAACAGAUAUGGCAUAUGCAUUUUUGGAUGAUUCCGUUUGUUUGCACUGCCUAGAUCUAUUAGACUCUAUUCGGUAGAGGUUUUGGUAUCAAUAUUUGGUUUCAUAUUCGAAUCUCAUCUCCACAGUGUUUAAACUUGAAUCAUAGCUUUAAAUGUACAAAGAAUCUAAUGCUGUAUGAAUUCAUUGGGAACAAAGCCUUUUGAACAAAAGAUUCAAGAAAACGAUCGAAAAGAAAUUAACGUGCAAUAUCUGAAGGAGGAGGAUGUUGGAGAAAUAUUGACAAAGUUUGACUUCUCCUCAUUGUUCUGUAUUCUAGGAUAGCAUUUGUAAAAUUGACGUAUUUUUGACAUUUGCAUUUGUAAUGUCUUUGCCACAUUGUUGUCAAGGUUUGCCCUUUAGGUCCGAUACUGGCUUUUCUUUAGGGAUACCUUUUCAUAAAGUUACCUACAGCUGAUUUCAGUAGUUUAAGUGUGAGUGCUUUGGUUGACAUUAGAUUUGGUGACAGUAUCUUUCGGUUUGGCGCCAAAGCGUAAACCAACAUUUUACAAAACAAUGUGCCAUUUGCCCAGAGUCCUGUUCACAAAUCAAUGGUACAUGCUCUGUUCACAAGGCAGUCGUGGAUCAUACGACCUGUGCUUAUGGCGGUGAAUGUUGAUUUCUUAAGACCUUAGAUAACAAGUGGAAGAUGACAAUACCUUGCCGGCAUCUUCUUGGUAUUCAUUUCAUCUGUAUCAUCUGUAUUGAGACAUUGAGACAUCACGUUGACAAAACUGGGCAGUACGUGGCAGUCAUGCCUUACCUCGGAGAUCCGGUAUCUGCCCUUUACUGACUGUUGUACACAAAAUAUCACAGAAAGUCCUCUCAACUCGUGCCUUUUCCACCAUGUACACAUGAAUCACAGGAGUGUGAUUUCUACAAAACCCACAUUUUUAUACGAUCACUUUGGACGCUAAAGGCUUUCACCUUGGUUUGUCUUGCUCCAUUCAUGUAAGGUCUGUGAUGUCAGACAGUGUACCUUGUAGUUUUUUGCAGCACAGCCGAAAUCCUGUCAGCAGUGUUUUUCUGUGAAGUCAAAUUGUAGUAAGGACAAUCGUCAGAUACUUGCUUCCAAUUGCUGUAACCGUAAUUACGAGGUUUGGAUUAUGAAAUAGGUUAUGGUUAUUAAAGGUAUCGAUGCUGAGGUGAAUUAAGAUGUCUAGACUAAACUUGAAAAUGCUCUAUUGUUUUGUUUUUGCUUUCAUUUGUGCCUUUUAGACAGUUGUAUUUUUUCUGUUUUUAAAUUUACCGUUACCAUUGUCGUUUUAUUGUACCUGAGGUGACAUUAUUGUCAAUGUGCAUAUUUUUGGUAAUGUUAUUUGGGGUGGUUCAGUCACUUUAUAUUCUAUUAUUGAACUUGAUGAUGGAAUUCCAGGGAGAUUAAGUUGUCUGAGAGCAAGAUAGUUUGUUAUUCGUGCAAAUGUUGAGAUAUUAUAUUCUAUUCUAUUAGAUACACGUGCAUGUGUUGUAUGACCCAAAGUCAUAAAGUUAAAGUUGGUGAGCCAUAGGGGUUCUGCUUGAUGCAAAUUUGAACGGAGAAUCGUUGCCACAAGAAUUUCUGAGUUUCUUGUGUUGGACAAACUUAAGAAAACGUUUAAAAGUUGCUAUUGGAGAGGGUUGAAAUUAUUUAUCGGAAGCAAUAAGCCUUUAAGUAAUUUAUCGGUAGCUGUUAAUUAUUAAGAGCGAUAUUCAGUAUGUUGGUGUCCUUGAGCAUAAAGGUGUAAAUUUUGCCGGUGCCUUAGAUUGCUAGUAGCACGAGAUUUACAGUGGAGGGAUUAAUCGUAUUUUAUGGCUUGUACUUAGUUAUUUUCUAACGGCACUGAGAACCACACCACAAUAUUUUGAAUGUACUAAUUAAUAAACAUCCAUAGAAGAUGG